GUAAGCCGGCCACCGGUCAGAGGCUGCCACUGGGCUGCGACCUCUGACACUAGAGCACCAAACCAGGUUUAUUGCUGGAGGCGGCUGUGGGUGGCAGCCACCCUCCCAGUGACCCCGUGAAAAGCCCUCCUCCUGGCUCACUGGCGCUCUCCAAUUGGUCCCCAGCAGCUGUCUCUGGACACCUGUUGCUGUCAGUCACAGACCACCGGUCCCUGUGCUAUCUUGAUUGUCAGGCCCAGCUCGGAGACUGUAGGGUAAGAGGGGCUGCGGGGGAACCUGGAUAGGGUUGUGGCUCCUAGAGCUUGGUAAGGGAUCCCUGAGGUCCCUUAGGGUCCCCUAUUCCAAUGACCAACCCCCACAUUAAGGGAGGGGCCAAAUUCCCUGCCUCACCUGUGUUUGGGUCCCGUCCCCCAAGAGAGGAAACUUCUUCUAUGGUUUUACUUUUAUUUCACUUUUAAAUGAUAUUUUAAAUUUUUUAGUUUUUGUAAGUGGACAAGAGAAGGUAUGUGCUGAGGGGCACGCGCGGGCAGCAGAAGACAACCUGAGGACUCCAGCCUUUCCUUCCAGCUGAGGGUGGUGGAGAUUGAAGGGCCCGGCCGCGGCUAGCCUUUAAUCCCAGCACUCGGGAGGCAGAGGCAGGCAGAUCUCUGUGAGUUCAAGACCAGCCUGGUCUACAGAUCCUCAUGACAGCCAGAGGCUUGGACGAUCCGGAUGGGGGCCUGGGCAGCUGCUUCCCCAGCGAUGACUUCUCGUUACUGGAGGAGCCAAGCUCAGGCCGGCGGCCAGACGGCAGGGCACAAGGGGCAUCCAGGCUGGUGGACUCUAGUCGCUGGACACCUGUCCUCCAGGACCCAGUGACUGCUGGCAUUGCGGAGAAAGAGCUCGUGGCCCAGGAGGACCUGGGAACCAGCAAAGGGAUGCCUAAAGCUGGGACAAGCCCCCGGAGCAUUCCCGCACGCAGAAAGUUGCAGGCUGCGCCCCCCUUGAAGCCACUGCCACCGCCACCACCUAGUGACGACCUGCCUUGGGGAGACCUGACGCUCAACAAGUGCCUGGUGCUGGCCUCACUGGUGGCACUGCUGGGCUCGGCUGUCCAGCUGUGUCAGGACGCGGUGGCUGGGGAGGUGGCGGUGGAAGUCCCUCAGCACCGGGUCCCGCCCAGUCCUCCACCCAAGAAACCAGAGGCGCCCGCGCCUAAGCCCCCGCUCUUGGUGCCCCCAUCCGGGCCUCCUGAGCCCAUGCCUGGGCCACCCGAGCCCCAGGUACAGAAGCAGGACAAGCCUGAGGCUACAGAAGCAGAAACCCAGGGGGAGCCCGGGGGGUCCACCCCAGAGGCCUCUGGGGAGGAGUGCGCACCCCUUGGUGGCCGAGGGUCCCAGGAGAGGCCGAGGAAAAAGUCAAAGAAAGGAGAGAAGCUAAAGGAGGAGAAGCUGAGGAGAAAGAAGCCCAGGAAGGAGGAGAGGCCCUGGGUCACCAGGGAGCCCCGCCAAUCUCUGUCCCAGCGCUGGGAGGCGCGCAAAGGAGGCCAUCGGCCGUGGACGCGGUCCUCCAGGGAACUCGAGCACGAGAAGCAGCAGGCCUGGGCUCCCCGGCGACUCCACGACCGUGACGACCGACCCAGACAGAAGCCCCGUGGGGGAAAGGGGCGCGACUGAUCCUGCCCCUGUCCUCCUUGGUGAACCCCGUGUCCCUUUUCCCUA